AUGGCUGUCGACAAGAUCGCCCCCAACGACCCGCGGGUCGAGCGCAAGCAGGCCGAGGUCAGGGGCAAGACCUACUCCUACCUCUACGGCAAGCCCGAGGGCACCCCGAAGGGCACCGUCGUCCUCAUCCACGGCUGGCCCGACAUCUCGCUCGGCUGGCGCUACCAGUUUCCUUUCUUCCUCUCGCAGGGCUACCAGGUAGUCGCGCCGGACUGCCUCGGCUACGGUCACACGUCGUCGCCCGAGAAGCUCGAGGAGUGGUCCCUCAAGAACAUGUCGGACGACGUCAAGGCGCUGUGCGACCAGAUCGCGCCCGGCGAGCAGAUCAUUCUCGGCGGCCACGACUGGGGCGGUGCGCUCGUCUGGCGCGUCGCCAUGUGGCACCCGGACCUCAUCAAGGGCGUCUUCAGCGUCUGCACGCCGUACAACGCGCCAACGACCGCCUGGUUUGACCUCGCCGACGUCAUCGCCGCCGGGCGCCUCACCAACUUCAAGUACCAGCUGCAGCUGCGCAGCCCCGAGGUCGAGGAGAAGCUUACGAAGUCCGAGGACAUCCGCCAGUUCCUGCAGGGCAUGUACGGCGGCCGGGGUCCCAACGGCGAGCUCGCCUUCACCACGGAGCGGGGCGUCGUCUUUGAGAACCUUGGCAAGAUCGGCCCCACGCCCCUGCUGUCGCAGGAGGAGGUCGACUACUACGUCGAGAACUACGAGAAGAGCGGCCUGCGCGGGCCGCUGAACUGGUACCGCACGCGCAAGAUCAACUACGAGGACGAGCUGCCGCUGGCGGAGAAGGCGCAGAAGGAGGGCGAAUACAAGGUCACGCCGCCGAGUCUGUUCAUCUCCGCCAGCAAGGACGCGGCGCUGCCGCCGGCCAUGGCGGCGGGCAUGGACAAGCACUUUGUGGACCUGACGCGGGGCGAGGUAACGGCAUCGCACUGGGCGCUGUGGGAGGCGCCCGAGGAGGUGAACAAGCAGAUCAAGCAGUGGCUCGAGACCAAGGUCGAAAAGCAGCCGACGGCGUCGUUGUGA